UCUCUCUUUUCAGUCACUUCGUCACUAUCGUUUAGCUUUUGUCUCCUUUCACCUUUUUAACUCGACUGCGAAUAUUACCCGUUGAGUUGAGUCCCAUUUUUUGACAAAACACUUUUUUUUAAAGCUCAGUUUCUUUUUUGUAAUAAAAUAAAAAUAAAUGAGAGUGUGUUUCUUCUUCUUCUUCCACUGUACAAAUCGUCGCUUUGCUGAUUUCCAUCUGUCUCCUUUCUUUCCCCUUUCUCGUAACUUGUCGAUAUUUUGCUCUAAUGUACACUCUUCUUCUCUGCUUUUCCUAAAGAGAUUCUUCUUCUUCCUCCUCCUCCUCCUCACGAGCUCCAAAGUUUCAGAAAAAAAGCUGAUAAUCUUUUUAUAAUUAAAAGAAGUCUUUUAUCUUAAGCUUUGAGCUCAGAUUCUGUCAAGAUAUUCUUUCACCAGAGAAUGAUUGUUAUUCUCCGGUGAAGUUAUUGGAAUGCGAGACAUUUAUCUGUGUGGUGUUUCCUUCUCUCUGAGCUUUUGUGUCGGUCGUUAGGGUUUGGUGGUAAUGACGGGUGAGUUACAGGAGACGGUGGCGCCGUGUGGGGCCAUAACUGAGAAACGGCCAAGUAGACUCAGCGGUUGCGUCGGCGUUUUCUUCCAGCUCUUCGAUUGGAACCGACGCUUCUCUAAAAAGAAGCUCUUUUCUCGCAAAUCUCUUCUUCCUGGGAAACAAGCUUCUAAGAGGUUUGGUGGGAAUGAUAAACUGCUAAAAUCUAAGCUUAACCUGAUUGAUGAUGAGAACAGAGGAAGUUUCCCGAACCGAGGUGAAGUUGUGGAGUUUAAAAAGCAUGAGAUGAGACCUCCUAGCUUGGUAGCACGUUUGAUGGGACUUGAAUCAAUACCAUCUAACCACAAGAAGAAGAAGAAGUCAUCACAUUUGAUGAAUCAGGACAAGGAUAAAUGCCUUUUGUCUGACGAGGAAGAUAGUGGUUUGGAUAAGUCUAGGCCAGAGAAGAUGCAGAGAACAAUAACAGGUGUGUGUGAUAGGCGUGUUAUGGUGAAGAAGUUUGGAUCAGACGCCAUGCAGAUCAAGAACGUUUUGACCCGAGUAAGGAAACAUCAUCACCAGCAUCAGAAUCUGGCUUCUCCUGUUAAAAGCCCGAGGCUUCAGAGACGUAACUCUAGGUUGAUCAACGCUGCUGCUAGGAUUCUUGAACCGGGGAAGAGAAAUUUGAAAUACAACGCUAUUGCUUAUCCAAGUUCUUCGAGGACUAUACGGUGUGGAAGUGUUGGGAAAGAGCCUGCUGUUUCACCUGAUUAUAACACUAGUGUUGCUUCUUGUAAAGCCUGUGGUAGCUUUGUUGAUGUUCAUGGUACUAGUUCGGUAAGUGAAGAAAGUGGAAAGAACAUGGUUUGUGUUUCUGAAUCAACUCCCUUUGAGAGGAGUAAAAGAAGUGUGCAUUGGAGAAAUCAAGAACCAUCUGUGCCUGUUUAUGGUAAAGGCAGAGGAUGUAUAGAUCAAAUGGAGAGGAAAGCUCUUCACCGUGCUCGGUUUGACUUCAAUGGGAAGCAUGUGAAGGAUGAAAUAUCAAUGCCAGGCGACAGAAUGUUUCCUCAGUCUUACACCUUACAGAGAAGCAGAGGUUCGUCUUCACCUGCCAAUGCAUCCAACUGUAAAGAGAAGGACUUUAUUGCCAUCAGUAGAGGUUCAAGUAGCAGGGAGGAGUCUUCUAAUAGAUCAGGCCUAAACACUUGUGCACGGAAGAGAAGGCUAGCUUGUGCAAGUAGCUCUAUGAGUAGUCCAGUGUCAAGACGAGGAGAUGGUAAACGCUCUUGGGAUUGUAGUAAUGAAACAGCAUUUUCACCAUUGAAACUUGGUUCAUCUCAUAGAAGUUAUAGCCAAGGCUGCAAGGAAACUAAAGAGAGAAAAGGACCGCCACGUGUUCCGAAUCAGAUGGGUCAGAGAAGAAUACAAGUUGAUGCCGGUACUGUGGGUUUGAUUCAGCAGAAGUUGGAAGAAAUCACUUCUCAAGAAGAAGAUGCAUUGCCCAGUAAACCGGCCUCUUUGAUCCUCCAUGAGUUGCUUUCUUCACUAGCACGCGAGCAGUCUUCUUAUACCCUGGACGUUGAUACAGCUACUCAGAGGAAAGGCAAAACAGAGAUGUGGAGUUCCAUUGGUAACGCAAACAGUGACUACACAAGCCCUGGCUCCGUACUGGAUGCAUCUUUCUCUAACGAGAGUUGCUUUUCCAAUAGCUUUGACAAUGUCUCAGUUCCAGGACAGAUGAGGCUACCUCUAGAGCCAGUAGACCCCGAUUGGGACGCUCUUGAAGUAACUUUGUUCAAGAACUCAACAAGUGGUGGUAACUAUCAAACAAUCACCAGUCUGGUCAGCCAUGUCUCCAACGUCUUGCGAAGUUUAAGCAACACAGGUCUUAUAUUAACGCAGCAGAGAUUCACCAACGCAAGAGAAGUCAUAAUCCACACCGAGCUAUUGGCUCCCCAAGACAACUACCUGAUCGGGCAAGAACUCUUCGACGAACUUAUGAUCUACGCAGCUCGUUCCGAUAAUCUGCUUAAUCUCCCUGGAAUAACCGGAGGGUUCCUCGUGGAUGCAAUGAUCGAACACUUGGAAGAAAGAAACAUUUCCUGCGGACUAAAGCCUUCGAGUGCUGAAGCAUCAGAGUUGAUUCAAGGUGUUCUUGGGGAAGUUCCAAAGUGGGCAGCAUUGGCACGGGUUGACUUGGAUGAAGUUGUCAGUAUCGAGAUGGAGAAAUGGAUGGAUCUUGAAACACAUUUGUUUGGAGUUGGAACAGAGAUUGCGUAUGAGAUCGUUAUGUGUUUGGUCGAAGAGUUAGCUAUGGAUCUACUUUAGUAUUUGUGUAAUUCACACUAUUAAACCAUUUGAAUCAUAUGAUCAAUGCUUAUUGUUAAAUCUAGCUA